AUGAAGCUCAAGCGCGCAAAGGCCUACAAGAAGCUGCUCCACCAGUAUGAGCUCAACUUCGGUUUCCGCGAGCCGUACCAAGUCCUCCUCGACUCCUCGAUCCUUCAGGAUGCCUACAAGUUCAAAAUCGACAUCGUCGGCCGUCUGGAAAAAGUGCUCGGCGCGAAAGUCAAACCCAUGAUCACCCAAUGCGACAUGCGCCAUCUCUACGAUGCGAAGCCAAAAAAUGAGACGCUCAUCCUACAAGCCAAGGAGUACGAGCGAAGGAGGUGCGGACACCACGAGCUGGAGGAGCCGCUGAGCACGCUGGAGUGUCUCAGUAGUGUGGUUGACCCCAAGGGGAGCGGGAGUAACAGGCAUCGCUAUGUGGUCGCGAGCAAUGAGAAAGAAGUGCGGGCAAAGAUGCGAAGCAUCCCGGGCGUGCCGCUGAUAUACAUAAGCAAGAGCGUGGUCCUCAUGGAGCCUAUGACAAACGCAACCGAGGAGCACAGAGAGAGGGAGGAGAAGAGCAAGUUCAAGCUGGGUCUGAAAGGGCAACGGAGGCCGGAUGCGGGGGAGAAGAGAAAGAGGGAGGAUGAGGAGGAGCGGGAUGACAAGUCUAUUGCUACGGAGGCGCAGGUGCCUAAGAAGCGGAGGCAGAAGGGUCCUCAGCAGCCCAACCCGCUUAGUAUGAAAAAGAAGAAGGCGGACGCAUCUAACUCGCAGCCUAGCUCGGAGAAGAAGGCUGUGUCUGUCGAGCCCCAGAAUUCGCAACCGACCACCACAGACGCGCAAGAUGGCGAGGCUGCUGCGCCGAAGAAGCGCAGACGGAAGCACAAAUCGAAGGCUGAGGGCGCGGCUGAAGGCGGUGGUGUCAAUUUGGAGGCAGUCGAUGCUGCUUCGCCAUGA